CCUCUCCCCCUUCUGUUCCAUCAUCGUUCAAUCGCGCUGCAAUGGCAAGCUGCAAGUAAGGAUAAGUACAGUAGAGUGCAGUGCGCGAAUACCUUUUGCUCCGAGACUGCACCGCGAGAGAAAAAAGAAAGAGACAUAAGUACGUAGUUGCUGUUGGUGUGUACAAGUAUCUGUAAGUGCAUAAAAGUAUAUACUUUAAUCUCAUCAUCAUCUGAGAGAGAAGAAGACAAGGGCUCGGUCGUGCGUCGUGCAUUAAGUAUACUCACAACUCACACAUAGGUAUACACGUUUCUUUCAUCUUGCGCUCUGCUGGAUAGAGCUGCUCCCUGUUAUCUACCGUGUACCUAAGUAGGUACUUGGUGUAAAUAUAGAGUCAUGUUAUUCAUAUUUUAAAUCUCGUCGAUGAGGUUUAAGGUGUGUAGGUACACACACGUACAUACAUCGGUAAUAUAGCUGCGGUACAGUAGGUAGCAGCAAGAGCGGCAGCUCCCCGCCGAAAAAAAAAAUUUACUUAUUGUGUAUAGCGCGCGCGCGCGUGUUUCCACGUUCACGCUGCCAGUACUCCCCGAGAGGCCUCGAAGUAAGGAUUGCUAAAAAUUAGCGACGUAGCGAGUGAAACCAGAGGACGUGCAUUGAACGUAGAACGAACGUGCAAGUGAUAUUCGGUCGGGCGCGAAGCGUCAUUGCAAGUAAUAAAAUCCCGGGCUCGUUUUUGUGUCGUCAGCUCGGUGCGGGUGCCUGUAUAUGACUUGCCCAAGACAACAAUAGCAUUGAUGAAUAAUAAAAAAUAAGCCAACGAAAAGGAACAACCAGAGGAACAACAACUCCUGCUCUACCAGAGAGUGAAUAAAAGAAAGGGAACCGAGAAGGGAGGAGGCGGCCAAGAGUGUAUUUACAGUAUAAGUAGCAGUAACAGGAGCACCCAGUAUAUACCAGCACCAACCAACACAGAGUGAGAGAGAGUGUAUACCUUGGGGAUUGAUAAAUUCUUCUUUUCGUAACGGUGGAGCAGAACGGCCUCAAACUGUGGGGCUCUGGAGCGUUUUUUCUUCCUCCUCAAGGAAUGUACUAUCCUCACAUGGUGCAGACAGGAAUGGCUGCGCCCUACGCCGGGGGUGUCUUUCCUCCCCCGGUGAACGGCGUGAGCGGAGGACUCGUGAAUUCGACGGGGGCGGCCAGCGAAGUCAAACCACCGCCGUCCGUGUCCAUCAAAGAGGAGCCAGUGUCCGUCGCUGCUGCGGUGGCCGCGGCGCAACAGCAACAACAGUCCAACGCGGCCCAAGUGGCCCAGUCCCAGGGCGUUGUUGUACAGGCCCAACAGAACCAGACCACCUUCAGUCCGCCCCCAGCGCCCAAUGGCGUUGAUUCACAGGCCAUCUCGGAAGUGUUUCAGGCGGCAGUGGCAGCAGCUGCAGCAGCCGCGGCAAACAACGGCGGCCAACAGCCCAGCGUGCCGAGCCAGGUAGUCAACGAGGCCAGCUCCGAGAACAACGUGGAGCAGAGUCUUGUGCCGGUGACUUCGGGAGCCGUAACGCCUGCCACCCAGAGCCAGGGGGGAGACCUCAAAGGACAGCCCAAACGGCUACACGUCAGCAACAUACCGUUUAGGUUCAGAGAUCCCGAUCUGAGAGCCAUGUUUGGCCAAUACGGUCAAAUUCUUGAUGUGGAAAUAAUUUUCAACGAAAGAGGAAGCAAGGGAUUCGGUUUUGUAACAUUCGCAAAUAGUGCUGACGCGGACCGGGCACGUGAGAGGCUACACGGCACCGUGGUUGAGGGCAGAAAGAUUGAGGUUAACAAUGCUACCGCACGAGUCCAGACAAAGAAACCACCAACAGUACCCAACGUGUGCGUCCAGUGGCCUGAGGCUGCGGCCCUACGCGGAGUCGCCAUACAGAGGAGCAGGGUGGGCGCGGCGGCGGCGGCGGCAGCUCGCGCGGCCGCUUUUCCAGCCAGCGCGGCUUUAGCGCUCGCCCGUAACCCGAACUCCAUAGCCGCGGCCGCCGCCGCUACGGCUCUUCAUCCCUUCGCACAGGCAGCCGUCUACUACGAUCCCUUCCUAGCGGCACACGCAGCGUCACAAGAUCCUAGAUUACAGGUAAGAUUCGACAAACACACACUUGAUGCAGCGGCAGCGGCGGCGGCGGCCUCGCCCCUCCUAAAGACACCGCUCUCGACGGCCCAGCAGGCGAGUUACGCGGCCGCGGCAACCUACACGGCCGUGGCGGCGCGCGCCUACGGAGCAGCGGCAGCCGCGGCCCAGCCAGUCGCCGGAUAUGCAGCAGUAGCCGGAUAUGGACGUGAAUACGCGGAUCCUUACCUAAGCCAUGGGAUCGGUCCAGUUGCAGGUUACGGGGCGACGGUAUACAGAGGUGGCUACAACAGGUUUACACCUUAUUAAAGCGCAGAGAUUACAUUGAAGAAGCGAUGAGCGAUUAUGAUAUUAACUGGAAGACGCGUCGUACCUUCGAAUAAUGCAACUCACAAAUAAAUCACCGUUCGCUAAACCAAGAUUUUCCAGAUAUAAUCGUAUGCGACGUUACGGACAAACACGUCACUUUUUUCUCAACCAACCAAAUCGAUCGUAAAUUAUUUUUUUUUUUUUGUUUUUUGUUUUUUCUACUUUAUGCGAAUCCAUGACAAUUAUCACCACAAGAAUCACCGAAAAGCUUGACUGUUUUUCUUAUGUUGUAGGUUUUAUUUUCCUUUAAAAAAAAGUUUACCCGAUUCUCGUAAAAUAUUUGCACAUGACGUUUUCUACACUAAUCCAGGAGCACUCAGUAACUAUAGAGUGAUCAUACUUUUUUUUUUUCAACUUAAAGAGCAAUCUAAAUAUUUAAGCAAAUUUGUGUUGAAAUUGGGAUGAAAUUAUGAGCUUGCUGAGAUGUAGAGGUCAGGUUUCACAGAGGUCAUGUUUCUCUUUUUUCGCAAAGCAUUUUAAAACUUGGGCAUCUAUUGAAUUAGACUCGAGCAGAAGUAAAAGGUGUUUUGGUUGGGUAUUUUAUGUGAGGCUUGAAUAUGAUCGGACAUAUUGUAAAUACAAGUGAACUGUACAAUGAAGAUGUCCAUGGAUUCAAAAUUUAAAAGGAUUUGAUCAAUGAAUGUACCUUGUAUUCAAUCAAAGUGAUUCUUCUGAUGAAAACUUUAUCAGAACAUGAUAAAUUAUAAUUAUGAAUGUCUUGGAAAUAAAAAAUUUCUUUAUUUUGUAA